GGCGGCGAGCGCAGCGAGUCGCGCCGAGAGGAAGGCGUGAGCGUCCUCGUCCGCAACCUGACCUUCAAACUCUCCAAGGAAGAUUUGCGCGAGGAGUUCGAAAAGUUCGGGAGCGUCAAGGACGUGUACAUUCCGCUCGACUACAUGACGCGCGAGCCGCGCGGCUUCGCGUUCAUCGAGAUGUCGUGCAAAGCCGAGGCGGACGAGGCCAUCGCCGGCCUCGACGGCAAGGACCUCGACGGCCGCGUGAUAAAGGUGCUCCUCGCGGCGCAGAAGCGCAAGCGCCCCGAGGAGAUGGCGCGCGUCGACCCGCGGUCCCAGGGCGGCGGCCGCCGC